UUGCCGCUGCAUAUUUCGCAGGCUCGUAAAGUGUUGGAGGAAGAUUUGAAAACAUGAGAAAGACGAAUGGAGUAAAGUCUGGGUUUGUAGGGGUUCAUGCCGGCAUUGGAAAUCAUGCUGUUACUAAUGAAGAGGAGUAUAGGAAAACAUGUAGAACGGCCUGCAGAAAGGCUGUGGCGGCACUAAGACAAGGUUCAUCUGCAGUUGAUGUUGUGGCCAUUGCUUUAGCAGCACUUGAGGACUCUACAUGGACUAAUGCUGGUACAGGCUCUAAUCUGACCGAAUCAGGAACAGUAGAGUGUGAUGCUAGUCUCAUGGACGGGAAAACCAUGGGCUUUGGUGCAGUGGGUGCAAUAAGAAGGGUAAAAAACCCUAGCCAAGUUGCUCAUCAUAUCUUGAGAGAUGAGAUCAAAGGUCCCAAGACACUUGGACUUGUACCUCCUGUAUUUUUAGUCGGUGAGGGUGCCGAGUGUUGGGCAAGAGAUUAUGGCAUCCCUGGAGUGACAGAGCAAUCACUUAUAACUGAAAAGAGCUUGGCUUCUUAUCAUAGAUAUAAAGAAAGACUAAACAGUACAAAACCAUCUGAGCUUCAUCAGCCAAAGAAACAAAAGCUUGAUGAUAUGGAUGUUUUGGAGGACUCCAGCCUGGACACUGUUGGUGUAGUGUGUGUAGAUACUGCUGGCUGUGUGUCUGCAGGCUCAUCAAGUGGGGGACUACUUUUAAAGAAACCAGGCAGAGUUGGCCAGGCGGCUGUUUAUGGGGCAGGGUGCUAUGCAAGAAAUACCACACACUCCAGUGUCAAGCGUGGUGAUUGCUUUGACGAAGAAAGAAAUAUAGAACACUGCAGUGUUAAGCAUGAUUCUUCCAGUGAUGAUGAAAAUGAUGAUGACUAUUCUCAAAGCUCUGGAGUUGCAUGCAGCUCGACAGGGUGUGGUGAAUUGCUGAUAAAAACUCUUCUCGCAAAAGAAUGUGCUGAGCUUGCAGCUUCAAGAGAUGCCAUCAGUGCAGUAAAGAUUGGCUUGCAGGAGAGAUUUCUGGAAUCUCCUGCGAUCCCUGAGGAAGUUAAGCUAAAGCUUGCAGGAGUCCUGCUUCUGAAGACUACCGAAUACACUGAGUGUCGGGAUGUAGAACUUGUCUGGGGCCACACAGCGCCGAGUAUGUGUGUUGGCUACAUGUCCACCACCGAUUCCAGUCCAACGACUCGAAUGUGCAGAGCAUCCUCUGUCGUAAAGUCAAACAAAGUGCUGGUAGAGGGUACCCACUAUGCUGGGAAAGGACUGUGAUAAAUCACGUGACAUGGAAGAUGUGCAGUGCCAUGGAUGAAAUGUCUAGAAGGUCUUUUGAUAAAUCGGUUAACAGAGUAUGUGUUAAUCGUAUUGACACCUAUAAUAAUACCCAUCUGUUGUGACCUUAUCGUGGUUCUACUAUCAGAAAGCCAUGAGUGAAGACGUUAUGUGUUUAUUGUAGAUCUGUCUGAUUCAACUCUUUUCUAAUCAUACAUGUACUAAUUACAAUAUUUGUGAUCAUGUGAUUAAUAUGACGUAAUCAUUAAGAUAUUAGAUUACUACAUUCCUCCCUUUUCAGAUACUUAUAUGUAUAUAUAAUUAUAGAGAAUCAUUUCUAUGUACAAUCAUAAUCUAUAAAUAUUUUAAAUCAAUACAUAACUGUAACAAUG